AAUUAGUGGCUCAAUGUGAAAAUUUCCUGGAAACAUCGCCGAGUUUCUCUCUCGAAAUCUUCCUUCCUCUCACGGAGAAACGCAGAGGAAGAGGGGAUUCCUCGUUGUCUCUGCGUGCUUCCUCCAUUUCUAGACGAAGACAGGAGAGUGAAAACCGGCAUUCUUAAUAUCUCUUGACUGGUUUCAAGUGUCUCCUUGAAACUGUAACCUUCUUUCCUUUUUCUCCGCAUAUAAAACGGCUCAAAAUUGAAGGUGGUAGAUUCUUUUAUCCCAGAAUUCGUCGGCGAGAAAAUUAUACCUUCCUUUUGCUGGGGAUUCUUGUUAGUUCCAUCAUUUUCUCUUUAUUUCUGCGGAUUUCCUGUUUUCCUAUCACUUCGAGGUUUUUUAGCUUUUGUCGUGUCGAUGGAGUGAUGGUCUUCGGCGAGUCUUAAUAAAAAAGGAACCGGUUCAAAUUGGGUAUCGCGCAAUUUUUGUUCGGAAGGGAAACGUUUCAUUGGGAAAGAGAUGAAGAAGGCUGGUAGGAAGAGGAAUAGAAAGAUGAAAGAAACCCAAGCCAGCGUUCCUGAUCCCGUUAUGGAAGAUCUCUCCCUGGCGAGCCCUGAGGUCCUCGAUGACAAUAGUCCGGAGGGCCGCAAACGCGGCCGGGCGAGGAAAAACUCGUCUAUUGGUGCUCAAGGUAGUCCAACUGGGCACUCGAUGGAGCUUAUUGCUCGGGAGCCGGUGUUGCCGGAAAUCGAGAACGCGACUUCCGAUAGAGUUCUUGGUUCACCGAUUAGGAUGGUCACAAGAGUGGUCGAAGAUAAUGACGGGGAAUUAUCGAGGGUUGCUGCUGGUAAUGUUGGUGAAGUGAAGAAGGAGAGCGUGAUCAAGGUUGUACCGUCAAUGGACGCUGUGGUUAAGGUGUUCUGCGUCCAUACCGAUCCGAAUUUCUCAUUGCCCUGGCAAAGAAAGCGGCAAUAUAGCUCCAGCAGCAGCGGAUUCAUCCUUGGUGGCCGGAGAGUUCUUACUAAUGCGCAUUCUGUUGAGCACCAUACCCAGGUGAAACUUAAGAAGCGUGGGUCUGACACCAAGUACUUGGCAACAGUUCUAGCUAUUGGGACUGAAUGUGAUAUUGCAAUGCUAACCGUGGAUGAUGAUGAGUUCUGGGAUGGAGUUUCACCAGUGGAGUUUGGUUGCCUGCCAUCCCUGCAAGAUGCUGUAACAGUAGUUGGUUACCCUAUUGGAGGCGACACAAUUUCCGUGACAAGUGGGGUUGUCUCACGAAUAGAGAUCUUGUCUUACGUGCAUGGGUCCACAGAGCUGUUGGGAUUGCAGAUUGAUGCUGCCAUCAACUCUGGUAACUCUGGUGGUCCUGCCUUUAAUAAUAAGGGCCAGUGUGUUGGAAUUGCGUUUCAGUCUCUCAAACAUGAAGAUGUAGAAAACAUUGGAUAUGUCAUUCCAACUCCCGUCAUUUUGCACUUCAUAAAAGAUUACGAACAAUCAAAGGAAUAUACAGGUUUCCCAAUCCUUGGGGUUGAGUGGCAAAAGAUGGAGAAUCCCGAUCUCCGAAAAGCUAUGGGGAUGACACCAACCCAGAAAGGAGUUCGUGUAAGAAGGGUAGAACCUACUGCUCCAGCUUCUAGGUUUUUGAGACCCUCAGAUAUCAUUCUCACCUUUGAUGGGAUUGAUAUUGCCAAUGAUGGGACUGUUCCUUUUAGGCAUGGGGAGCGGAUUGGCUUUAGUUACCUUGUUUCUCAAAAAUAUACUGGAGAAAGUGCGAUCGUAAAAGUUCUUCGUGAAUCCCAGAUCCUUGAAUUCAAUGUAGAGGUUGCAACACAUAAACGCCUUGUUCCUGCCCAUAUCAAGGGGAAGCCUCCAUCGUAUUACAUAAUUGCUGGAUUUGUGUUUUCAGCAAUUUCUGUUCCUUACCUCCGUUCUGAGUAUGGGAAGGAUUAUGACUAUGAUUCCCCAGUCAAACUGCUUCAUAAAUUGCUUCAUUCUAUGGCACAGACAGAAGAUGAGCAACUAGUUGUUGUCUCCCAGGUGCUCGUGUCAGAUAUCAACAUUGGAUACGAAGACAUAGUUAAUACUCAGGUUCUUGCAUUCAAUAAUGAACCAAUAAAAAAUUUAAAGCAGCUGGCCGCAAUGGUUGAAAACUAUGAUGGUGAAUUUUUGCAGUUUAAUCUAGAAUACCAGCAGAUGGUUGUUUUAGAGACUAAGAAGGCAAAGGCAGCAACUCUUGAUAUUCUCACAACACAUUGUAUUCCAUCUGCAAUGUCGGAAGAUCUUAGGACAUGAAAGCUGGCAAAUAUUCAUUUCGAGGAUUUCUGGCACUGAAUGUGCAUUGGUCUCUGAUGGAUCACCUUUGAUCCUUGCUGCAGCUUGAAUUUAUCAAUUCAGAUUCUUCUACCGCUUAAUAUGUCCCUGCUUGAUGCAUGAAUAUUGGAGAGAAUAAGUGGCCCAAUAAUUUUUUUUCAGGUUUUUAUGGCAUGCGAAUUAUUGGAUUUAA